ACCUGCUAUUACGCUGUGAAAGACUAACGCACGGAUGAAGGCCCUGUUCUGUCAGUCCAUUUUGCAAGUUCGGCUGGCAAGUCAGCGCCACCCUGAUGCAGAACCACGUGAAAUGAACAAACCACCGCAGCCUAUAACGGGACCCACCUCUGUCCCACACCCCUCCCCCUCCCCUGGCCUGACACAGGCUGCCUAUGCCUCUGGACAGCCCACUUCUCUCGUCUUCGCCACCCAAACACCUCAACAAAUGAAUUCUGCACCGCAGCCACGACAGUUUGCCACCGGGCCCCGUGCUUUACACCAACAGGGUGGAUACAGGGCACUGCAGCCUUACUAUGCCAACAGGCCCAACAUGCCCACCAGUGUCCCCCGGGUCCAGACCAGCAGCGGGCCUCGUCCGGUUGGUCCCACCCACAUCUACCAGCCCGGCUCCCAGAUGAUGAUGAUCCCUGGUCAGCAGCUGUCCUUUGCAGGCUCCCCUCAGGGCUACUUCAUCCCCCCUGGACAGUACCGGGCUCCAUACAUGCCACCAAGUCCACAGUACCCUGUGACAAGUGGGACAGCAGGCUUCUACCCAGGCACCAGCCCGGCUGAAUACCCCACCUAUGAGCCCUCUCUGGCUGCGAGGGAGAGGAGAGGGGGCGGGCGAGAGAACGGGCGUCUCUCUCUCCACGGUGCUCCUCUCACCUCCCAGCGCUACCCCGCAGGUGCCUACUACCCGGCCCAGCCCCAGUACAGCCACACACCCCCUGUCCAGACCGCGCCCGUCAUGAUAAGCCCUGCCCAGCCCCAGCAGCAGGCCUUGCCCCCUCAGCUGCCGCCGACCCAACCACCGGCACCCAAGAGGGAGCGCGUAACGAUCAGAAUACGAGACCCCAACCAGGGGGGCCGUGAUAUCACAGAGGAGAUAAUGUCCGGGGGAAGGGCCACCUCCACCCCCACCCCCCCUUCACAGUCCUCCUCCACAGAGGAAGAAGGUCCUGCUCAGACCAACGGAGAAUUUACUGAACCUGUCACCAUCGUGACGAGAACAGAUGAAAUCGCGGAACUUGCGGUUUGCACAGUGACGGCCGCCGAAACCCUGCCUCCAGUGUUGUCAACUCCAGAGCCUGCCACUGCAGCUGUCCCACUGGAGGCCAAACAGGAAACCGAUGGCCAGGUUGCCCCGCUUACCGAACAGGUCGUCAGCGAAUCAGAUGCCCCUGUGGCGGGGAUGAGGCCCGAGGUGCCCAUCCCACAAAGGGAAGACCAGGCCCCUGCCUCCUCCCCCCUGACAGCUUCUACCUCCCCUCCCCUUGCAGAGGUACAGACUCCACCCCCUGCCACCACCAUGGCUCAGGCCAGCCACGCAGUGGGCGCUGGUAUGACCCCCGCGGUGAAGGCAGUGACCCCCGAAGGUCCUUCCACACAGGUAGAGCCUCUGGAUGCACCAGCAUCUGUGGAGAAGCCUCUUGCUCAGGCAGCGGAGGAAGUAGUGGUGGAGGAGAAGGUAGAAGAGGUCAAGAAUGAGCCGGCAAUUACCAUCAAUCCAGAGGUAGUAGUGGCUGUUGUGGUCAUUAAAGAAGACACUGAACCCGCUCCACGACCUCUGACCCCCGUCGCCAUGGCAACGGGCGACGAUUUCGCCCCAUCCUUGAAGUUGGUGGCGGCUGUGGAAGCGGCCACUAAAACUGAGAGCGUGGUGUUGCCGUCAGCGCCUAAACAGAAAGCCAUGACCGAGCCCGUUUCUGCCCCUGCUCAUGCCGUCACUCCCUCUGUCCCGGAGGCAGAGCCUGCCGUGGCCCAAAAGAAGGUGGAGCAGCUGCCCCUGUCCAACGGCCUCCCCCAGGAGGACCCCGACGAGGUAGACGCCCCCGUGGCUGCACUAGAGCGCAUUGCAACGGCAAUCACAGAGCCUGCCACUCCCCCACCUCAGGAAACUGCUAACUCUGCUGCUGCUGCCGUAGAGCAGGAGGAGGAGAAGAAAGAAGAAGAGGAGGAGCGGAAAGAGGAGGAGCAGAAAGAGGAGGAUGCAUCCCUAGUGCCCUUGUCCAGCAGCCCUUCAGAGGACUCGUCUAUGCAAGCUGCUGUGUCUGUGCCAAAGAAGAAGAGGAACAUGAAGGAGCUGAACAAGAAGGAAGCCAUCGGAGACAUGCUGGAUGCCUUCAAAGAGGAGGAGGCGGCACCUGCCACCGAGCCCUCGUCUUCACCGGCGGAGCCCAGCCCUGUGGCCCCGACCUCCUUGCCGCCCGCCGACGCGCCAGACGAGACGUGGGAAGAGAAGGAGGACAAGCAGAACGCAGACACACCCCCGCUCAAACCGGGCGACCUCAAGUACCAGUACAAAGGAGAGCAAUGGAAGCCUAUCGACCCAGAGGAGAAGAAGAGGUACGACAGGGAGUUCCUGCUGGGUUGCCAGUUCAUUAGUGCCAGCAUGAACAAGCCUGAGGGCCUGCCUCUCAUCACCGAUGUUGUGCUAGAUAAGGCGAAUAAGACCCCCAUGCGCCCAGCAGAGCCGGGUCGCAACAUGAACGCCGGGCCAGACUUCACCCCCGCCUUCAUGGGUAACCUGGGUAGACAGUCCUCUGGGGGAGGGGGACCACGGGGCCCUGGAAGGGACCACAUGGGACCCCCCGGACCACGGCGCUCCCAGCAGGGCCAGCGCAAGGAGCCCCGCAAGAUCAUCACAAUCUCCUCAUCGCUAGGUGGCGAAGUGGAGCUCAACAAGGCGGAGAAGGCCUGGAAGCCCACAGUGAAGAAGGCUGUGACCCGGGGCCGAGGCGCCGCCCCCGAGGAUGAGGAGAGCGACGACCCCGAGCAGGCCAAGACCCAGGAGCUGUUCAAGAGGGUCCGCUCCAUCCUCAACAAGCUGACCCCUCAGAUGUUCCAGCAACUGAUGAAACAGGUCACAGAGCUGUCCAUCGAUACGGAGGAGCGGCUGAAGGGAGUGAUCGACCUGAUCUUUGAGAAGGCCAUCUCCGAGCCCAACUUCUCUGUGGCCUACGCAAACAUGUGCCGCUGCCUUAUGGGGUUGAAAGUGCCCACCACAGACAAGCCGGGAGUGACUGUAAACUUCCGCAAGCUGCUGCUCAACCGCUGUCAGAAAGAGUUUGAGAAGGACCAGGAUGAUGACGUCAUCUUUGAGGCCAAACAGAAGGAGAUGGAGGCUGCCAAAGAGGAGGAGAAAGCUGGUCUGAAGGCGACGCUGGAGGAGGCCAAAGACAAGGCGCGGCGCCGGUCGCUGGGCAACAUCAAGUUCAUCGGCGAGCUGUUCAAGCUGAAGAUGCUGACGGAGGCCAUCAUGCACGACUGCAUCGUCAAGCUGCUGAAGAACCACGACGAGGAGUCGCUGGAGUGCCUCUGUAGACUGCUGUCCACCAUCGGCAAGGACCUGGACUUUGAGAAAGCCAAGCCCCGUAUGGACCAGUACUUUGCCCAGAUGGACAAGAUCAUCAAGGAGAAGAAGACCUCGUCUAGGAUCCGCUUCAUGCUGCAGGACGUCAUCGACCUCAGACGGAGUGGCUGGGUCCCCCGGCGGGGGGAGCAGGGCCCUAAGACCAUUGACCAGAUCCACAAGGAGGCUGAGCAGGAGGAACAAAUGCAGCAGAUCAAGGUUCAGCAGCAGCUCAUGUCAAGGAACGAUGGAGGAGGACGUGGAGGUGGAGGGGGAAGAGACGGGAGGGGGGGAGACAGAGGAGGAAGGGAUCAGGGGGGCCGCGGGGGCCAGCAGGUGGGAAGGGGCAGCCAGCCCCAAGACGAGGGCUGGAACACAGUGCCCAUCUCCACCAAGAACAGACCCAUCGAUACCAGCCGGCUCAGUAAGAUCACCAAGCCUGGUGCUCUGGACUUCAGCAACCAGCUCCUUGCUCCCCAGCUCGGGGGUAAAGGCAUGUGGGGCAGCUGGGGCAAGGGCAGCAGUGGAGGCACCACAGGAGCCAAGCCUGCCGCCGGAGCUGAACCAGGUCCAGCUCCAGUCGUGACCGGGACAGGUUUGACCGCUUCGAGCGGCACGACAGCAGUCGUGAGGAGCGUGCAGGCAGUCGCGACGCCCGCCCCCCUAUCACUAAGCGCAGCUUCAGCCGUGAGACAGAGGAGCGUAGGGGCGAUAGUUGCACCCCUACGGAACCCCCCGUCCGUCGCGUAGCCAGCAUGACUGACGACAGAGACCGGGGAGGCAGCCGUAGCCGGGGAGGCAGCGGUAGCCGGGACAGGGCUCUCAGCAAGGAGGUUGUUGUGAAGCGCGAGACAGCCCCCACCCCUCCCCCCAAUGCUCCGACCAAACCGGCCAUGACCGAGGAGGAGCUGGAGAAGAAGUCCAACGCCAUCAUCGAGGAGUACCUCCACCUUAACGACAUGAAGGAGGCACUGCAGUGUGUAGUGGAGCUGAACAGCGCCCCGCUGCUCUUUGUGUUUGUGCGGAACGGUCUGGAGAACACUCUGGAGCGCAGCGCCAUCGCCAGAGAACGCAUGGGCCUGCUGCUGCACCAGCUCAUCAAGGCUGGCACCCUGCCCACAACAGAGUACUACAAAGGGCUCCAAGAGAUCCUGGAGGUGGCUGAGGACAUGGCCAUAGACAUCCCCCACAUCUGGCAAUACCUGUCUGAGCUCAUCAACCCCAUGCUCCACGAGGGAGGCAUCCCCAUGGGACAGCUUUUCAGAGAGAUCUCCAAGCCCCUGAUUCCCCUGCGUAAGGCCGGUGUGCUGCUGGUGCACAUCCUCAACUUACUCUGCAAAGGAAUGACCCAUAAGAAGGUGGGCGGUAUGUGGACGGAGGCGGGGCUCAACUGGAGAGACUUCCUGCCAGAGGACGAGGAUGUCAACAAGUUUGUGACUGAACAGAAAAUUGAGUUUACCCUGGGGGAGAAGUCAGACGGGACCAAUCAGAAGAAGCCCAUGAGUGGGGAGGAGCUUAGCAAACAGCUUGACAGACUGAUCCAGGACAAGGCUAACAACCAGCGCAUCAGAGACUGGGUCGAGGCCAACCUGGACGAACAGCAGACGUCGGACAACCAGUUUGUGCGCACUCUGAUGACAUCCAUUUGCCAGUCAGCCGUUAUAUGUGAGAACCCAUACAAGGUGGAUGUGGAGCAGAUUACCCAGAGGGCAAAGCUGCUGCAGCGGUACCUGAGUGACGAGAAGAAGGAACUGCAGGCCCUCUAUGCCCUCCAGGCCCUCAUGGUGCACAUGGAGCAACCGGCCAAUCUGCUGCGGAUGUUCUUUGACACGCUUUACGAUGAGGACGUGAUCAAAGAGGAGGCCUUUUACAGGUGGGAGUCCAGCAAAGACCCAGCCGAGCAGACUGGAAAGGGUGUGGCCCUCAAGUCGGUCACCGCCUUCUUCACCUGGCUCCGUGAUGCCGAAGAAGAGUCCGACAAAGACUAAACGGGCCUCACUCUAAAACCACCCCUCUAUGGCCAGGGAGGGGUAUUGCAAGGGGGGCCAAAGAGGGAUUUGGACUCUAUGGCUCUUUAAUGUUGCGGACUGAUACCAAUCCUCAACGAGGCUAUUGAGAGCGGGACAUACAAUCACUUUCUCUCUCUUUCUCUUUCUCUCACUCUUGCUUCGUCAUUCUCUCUCUCUUUUCCCUGUUUUGUGAUGGCGAGUGUCCGCCGAAAAUGAAAUAAACCUGAAAAAUUAUUCUGCCGGA